AUGGCAAACAUGGGCGCGCAAGUAGCUACCCAGGUCGAUGGAACGAAACUGGAUGACCUGUCCGCCUGGGGCAAAGCCUGGAAGAUCUCAUUUGAGCCCACCAGAUUCCAGGCCCUCAACAUCGAUCACCAUCGGCCACGUCGGCAGCUCCCAGCCAUCUCUUUCGAUGGAGCACCAGUUGUGGAGGAAGCAGAGCUCAAGCUCCUAGGAGUCCAGUUCGACACACAGUUGUCUUUCUACCAGCAUUUGCGCUCUGAAGCCGUACGUGCGCGCCAGCGGUUACACUUCCUGAACAGAGCUGCCCCCAUCCUUGAUGUUCGUGGAAGAGAGCGAGUCUACAAAGGCUUGGUCAGACCAGUAAUGGAUUACUGCCCGUUGGUCUGGAUGGGGGCUGCCACUACAACUCUUCGCCAGCUCGAUUCAGUUCAGUUACGAGCUCUCAAGAUCAUCUCUCGUGGGUCAUGGCUUCCAAGUCUGGCCCUCCGCCAUGCUGUAGCUGCUCACAAGUACUUAUACAAGCUCCAGUGCCUCCCAACUAGCUCUCCACUGCGAGCAAUGAUCCCUGCCGUUGCACCAGAGCUGCAAGGGCAUCCUCGCACUAAUCAGCAGAGCCGGAUUUGCCAUGAAUUGCAGUUUGCCAUGCCCCGCAACCGUCACUCACGCAGCAGCGCACAGCGAUCAUUUCCGUCCGCCAUCGUUGAGGACUGGAAUCGCCUUCCUCCAGAGCUCAUCACAGCACCACUAACUCUACAUCGCCUCCAGCAGUUCAAAGAAGGCGUUCAUAAGUAUCUGCAAUCUGCUGACUGGCAUUGGGCCUCUACGCACCUGUGA